GUGUUCUGUGUCAGCUGUGUGCUGUGUGGCAGCUGAUAAUGGCCGACAAAGAUGGCCGCCUUGAUUCCGAGAUAUACUCUACAAGCAGCAAAAAAGCAGACAACAUGCACUGCGGUCGUUGCAUUGCAGACGAAUCAUUAUUCGUCGGACCCACGAAUCAUAAAACAUCCUACUACCGCUUCCUUAAAGAGAGGUACAGGUGGUCGUAGUUCUUUCAAUGGGCUAGUGUGCACAGUGUUUGGUUCAACUGGAUUUGUUGGACGCUACGUGUGCAAUCGUCUUGGCAAGAUUGGCACACAGCUAAUAUUGCCAUAUAGAUGUGACAUGUAUGAAUGUUUGCCUUUGAAACUAUGCGGAGAUCUCGGACAAGUUUUGUUUCAUCCAUUUCAUCUGCGUGACGAGGAUUCGAUAAGAAAAUGCAUCAAAUAUUCCAAUGUUGUUAUUAAUCUAAUUGGACGAGAUUGGGAGACUAGAAACUUCACCUAUCAUGAAGUGCAUGUUGAAGGAGCCAGAAGGCUCGCUAGACUGUGUAAGGAAGCUAAUGUGGAACACUUCAUUCAUGUAUCAGCUUUAAACGUGGACAACAAAGAGUCAUAUGUGUUGGAAGAUGGAUCUCAAUUUCUUCGUACGAAAUUGGAAGGUGAAUGUGCAGUACGAAAAGAAUUUCCCGAGGCUACAAUUAUUCGACCAUCAGAUAUAUGGGGUCAAGAAGAUCGAUUUUUGAGUGUCUUUUCUGGUUUAAUGAGACAUCACUUGAGAACUAUACCAAUAUGGAAAAAGGGUGAAGCAACAGAAAAACAACCAGUGGCUAUAUAUGAUGUUGCUGGAGGUAUUACGGCUAUUGCAAAAGAUCCUAAAAACACCGCCGGCAAGACUUAUCAAUUUGUUGGGCCAAAACGUUAUAAACUUUCUGAAUUACUUGACUGGUUCCAUCGAAUACGAAUACGCGAUCCAGUAGACUAUGGCUACAUGAGAAUAGAUUUAAAAUAUGCUCCAUUUUUCAAACUUAAAACUACUUUGAAUGAACUGAUAAGCCCUGCAUACCCCCUAGGAUUUCUACAGUGGGAACGUUUGGAAAGAGAAGCCAUAUCUGAUAAAGUAUCAAAAGAAUUGCCAACUCUAGAAGACCUUGGUAUUGCAUUAACAACAAUGGAAUCACGAAUGCACUGGGAAUUGAAGCCAUGGCGUAGAGACCCUCAAUAUAUGGAGAGUGUUGGCGAGUUCGAUCCUGUUCCAGAUCCACCAACUGUUGCAGUUUGUUAAACAUUUGAAAAAUGUGCUAGGUUAAAAUAAUAAUAGAACGAAAUAUGUACUCUUACCAUGUCAAGUGAGUUAAUUAAAUACAUAUUAAAUUAUUUAAA